UGCUAUUUUUGUUAUGGAUUCUUGGUCCGCUGCUCAUUAUGCCCAUUUAUUUUGGCGUCAUUUCAUUUGACUCGUCGUUCGACUCCGAUAUGCGUCUGCCUGCCGCGCACUAGGAGGGAAGCGGCGCAGCGGACGGGGUAGAGUCAAUGCUUUAGACGCCAAGGCUGAUGGGAGUUGAAGUGCAUACAUCAGUAACAGUCCAAGAAUGAGCUGCAGCAAGAGCUGGAGCUGAAUAUAUCCGAGAGGAUUCUCAAAACGGCGUGGAUGACCUCAUGGGUGUGGUGCAUAUGCACGGCGUAGAACGCAGAUAUGUUGAUCGUCACAAUAUCAGAAUCAGUUGUUUCCUUUUUUUCGUUUGUGGCUGUCUUGCAAGCAGAGUCGAGUGGAAAGAGAACUUAUAAAAGGAGAGCUCAUCCCCUCAAUCAUACCGUUUCUUGUUUAUCAGCACAAGCAACACGAUCUACACGAGCAAGCACAGAGCUCAAAACUUCAAAAAGACCUGCCAACGAGCCAGAUACAGCAGCAAACAUGCAAUUCAUCCUGACUCUCGCCACGCUCCUCGCUGCGGCCUCUGCUUCUCCAGUGGCAGCUCCUGCGGCAGCUCCUGUUUACGCGAGGGCCGCUGCUGCUCCCUGCAAGAACCUCGACAAGUACCUCGAGUGCGCCGCCCAGGGCUGUCACCCCUCGAUCCCGGCUGGGGUGUGCGCUGCCCCGGCCACGUGUGCAAUUAUUUGGUGUACUUGAGAGAGGAGAAAUAUCAAAACCAAAGGGAGAAUUAGUGGAGGGAGAUAUUUGAAAUGAAGGGUGGUUCAAGAUUGUGUUGUCUCUCGUUGUGGCCUUUGUAUGAGGUCAUCCUGUCGUUAUCUCGGAUCGAAUAUAAGCAAAACAUGUGCACA